AUGGUAGAAGCCGAAAUCCAGAGACAAGAACGAAAGGCCCAAAAUUAUGCAUUCGCGGAAAGCGUUCAGAAACUUCAAGAUAACAAGGAGAAAGAUACUGCCCGAAGAUUUCAAUUUUUGCUAGGACAUGAAGAAUUAUUUUCGCAUUUUAUCAACUUGAAGAAAUCAAAAGAUGAAGAGUUUAGACACCUCGUGGAAGAAACUGAGCGGUCAGGACCAAAAAUUCAGCGCAAGGAAAAGUCUAAUGAUGGAUCUCGGCGCCAUCGCAAGACAGAAAAGGAGGAAGACGAGGAAUUGUUGAAAGAUGAGGAGAACGAGGAGAAUGAGUUCAAAACUGUCUUUACAGAAUCCCCAAACUACAUAAAAAAUGGGACCAUGCGUGACUAUCAAUUACAAGGCCUGAAUUGGAUGAUUUCUUUAUUCGAAAAUGGUAUUAACGGCAUUCUGGCUGAUGAAAUGGGUUUAGGAAAAACUCUACAGACAAUCUCAUUUCUCGGAUAUCUGAAAAUUUACCGUGAUAUUUCUGGGCCACAUUUGGUGGUUGCUCCAAAGUCAACAUUAAACAAUUGGGAAAAGGAAUUUGCCAAGUGGAUACCAGAAUUUCGUGUCAUUGUAUUUCAAGGCACUAAGGAAGAACGGGCACGAAUUAUCAAUGAACAAUUACUACCGCAAAAUUUUGAAGUUUGCGUUACAUCGUAUGAUUUCUGCUUGCGAGAGAAAUCGGUUUUGAAAAAAUUUGCAUUUCAAUAUCUUGUAAUAGACGAAGCCCACCGCAUUAAAAAUGAGAAUUCUAUGCUGUCACAGAUAGUGAGAGUUCUUCAUUCGAGAAAUCGUCUCUUGAUAACAGGGACGCCCCUUCAGAACAAUUUGCAUGAACUAUGGGCAUUGUUAAAUUUUUUGUUACCGGACGUUUUCUCUUCUUCGGAUGAUUUCGAUUCAUGGUUUCAAUUUCAAGGAGGGGACCAGGAUAAAGUUGUCCAACAACUUCAUAAAGUACUUAGACCUUUUUUAUUACGAAGGAUAAAAGCUGACGUUGAGAAAUCACUUCUCCCAAAGAAGGAAAUUAAUCUUUACGUCGGCUUGUCAGUAAUGCAACGAAGAUGGUAUCAGAAGAUAUUAGAGAAAGACAUUGCAGCAGUUAAUGGCGCUUUAAGUAAGGCAGAAAGUAAAACUCGAUUACUAAAUAUUGUGAUGCAAUUGAGGAAAUGCUGCAACCAUCCAUAUUUAUUUGAUGGAGCUGAACCUGGACCCCCAUAUACUACGGAUGAGCAUCUUGUCGAGAACGCAGGGAAAAUGGUCGUUCUUGACAAGCUUUUGAAGCGAUUAAAGGCACAGGGCUCACGCGUUCUUCUCUUUAGUCAAAUGAGCCGUGUGCUAGACAUACUAGAAGACUACUGCUUGUUGCGUAAUUUUGCUUAUUGCCGCAUCGACGGACAAACCAAACAGGAUGAACGUAUUUCGUCAAUUGACGAGUUUAAUAGAAUGGGGAGUGAUAAGUUUGUCUUCCUUCUUACCACGCGUGCGGGAGGCUUGGGUAUUAACCUAACUACAGCGGAUAUCGUCAUAUUAUACGAUAGUGAUUGGAAUCCACAAGUUGACUUGCAGGCGCAAGACCGUGCACAUCGCAUUGGGCAGACGAAACAAGUCUACGUAUUUCGAUUUGUGACAGAGAACGCUAUUGAAGAAAAGGUGCUCGAAAGAGCAGCGCAGAAAUUGCGGUUGGAUCAAUUAGUUAUCCAGCAAGGCAGAGCCACGCAAAAUUCUAAAGCUGCAACUAAAGACGAACUUCUUACCAUGAUUCAGCAUGGGGCUGAAGAAAUUAUAACGUCAACUGAGAGUACAGUGACUGAUGAGGACAUUGAUUAUAUUCUCAAAAAAGGCGAAGAAAAGACUACUAAACUUAAUCAAAAGUAUCAGGGACUCGGUUUAGAAGAUCUGCAGAAAUUCACGUCCGAAUCAGCUUACGAAUGGCAAGGGGAGAAUUGGAGCAAUAAACGAAAACCGGACGGUUCAGGCUUUGUUUGGAUUGAGCCCCAAAAGCGAGAACGUAAAGCAAAUUAUGCAGUAGAUAAUUAUUAUCGUGAUGCACUUCGUGUCACGCCCAAGCCAUCUCAACCUAAAGCACCGAAGCCACCUAAGCAGAUCAACAUAAAUGAAUGGCAAUUUCCUAGUCCACGGUUAGUGGAACUGCUUAAGAAGGAAAGGUAUUAUUACCAGACACUAAAGUUAUUAUUUGUAGCCGAACCCCUCACUGAGGAAGAAAUACAAGAAAAAGAAGCUGCACUAGAGGAGGUCUUUGACGAUUGGUCGAAACGUGACUUUAAUUGUCUUAUAAAUGCGUCUGCUAAAUAUGGAAGGAAUGCUCUUGAGAGUGUUGCUAGUGAAAUCGAGGGCAAGACUUUUGAAGAAGUAUCAGCAUACGCUGAAGUUUUCUGGGAACGAUAUCGUGAACUUCCAAACUAUGAGGAAAUAAUAGCCAAAAUUGAUAGAGGCGAGGCAAGGUUGCGACAAACUAUGGAAAUACAAAUGUUACUUGAAGCCAAGGUCGCAAAGUAUCGCUCGCCCUUGAGUCAAAUGCAAAUACAAUAUAAUCAAGCUAAAGGCAAGAAUUAUACCGAGGCUGAGGAUCGAUUUUUACUUGUCAUGCUUACCAAAUACGGUUAUGGAACAGAGGAUGUUUACGAAAGAAUUCGGGAGGAAAUCGAGGCAGAAGGGAGCCUUUUUAAGUUUAACUGGUUUAUUAGGUCACGAACGACGGCUGAGAUUGCACGCCGUUGUUCUACACUUAUAAGUCUUUUGCAAAAAGAGCAAACUGAAAUAGAAGAGAAAGAACGGGAGGAACGACGAGCGCGAAUUGAUAAUAAAAAGCGAAAAGCCGAAGAAACAGCCAGUAAGCCAGGUGCAGCAAAACGUAGAGCAGGCAAGAAAGAGUCGAGCAAUGAAGAAUCCUCUGAUUCCGGAGAUGAGUCUAGUCGAAGUUCCAGUAAAAAGGUGUCUGACGAGGCAUCGGCUAAAUCGUCAAAUACCAAGGGAUCAAAAUCCUCAAGCUCCCGGUCAGUGGCCAAAUUAAAUGGUGGGAAAGCUAAUGGAACUAAAAGUGGUCGCGGAAAAAAGAUUACAAACACGAAACGCAAGGCUUGA